GCUGCCCCUCAGGCUGAGGUGGCAGAUGGUCCUGAGGAGCGCCGGCGGCGGAGGCAGAGCCGGAGCCGAAGGGGAUGAUGAAUGGACCCUGGUACCUCGACAGACGCGAGCGGGUUCUCAAGUUAGGCGACAGUUUUGAGAAGCUGCCGCGCUGCGCCUUUCACACUGUGCGCUAUGACUUCAAACCUGCUUCUGUUGACACUUCCUGUGAAGGAGAGCUUGAGGUCGGCAAAGGUGAACAGGUGACAAUAACUCUACCAAAUAUAGAAGGAUCAACUCCACCAGUAACUGUUUUCAAAGGUUCAAAGAAACCUUAUUUAAAAGAAUGCAUUUUGAUAAUUAACCAUGAUACUGGCGAAUGUCGACUAGAAAAACUCAGCAGCAACAUCACUGUAAAAAAAACAAGAGUUGAAGGAAGCAGCAAAAUUCAGUCUCGUGUAGAGCAUCAGCAGCAACAAAUGCGGAAUUUAACUAGGACUCCCAGUCUUGUAAAAGAUUCUCCAUCCGAAGACAAGAUGUCCCCAACAUCUCCAAUGGAUGAUAUUGAAAGAGAACUGAAGGCAGAAGCUAGUCUAAUGGACCAGAUGAGUAGUUGUGAUAGUUCAUCAGAUUCUAAAAGUUCAUCAUCUUCAAGCAGUGAGGAUAGUUCCAGUGACUCAGAAGAUGAAGAGUACAGAUCCUCUCCUUCUGAUGCAGGGAAUUAUAUCUCAGGAGAUCCUAACAUGUCUGCCAUGCCACAAUGCAGAAUUCCUGAUAUAGAUGCUGGUCAUAAUAGAUAUCAUAACAACAGUAGCCUUCUGAUGAAUACUUUAAGAAAUGACUUGCAGCUGAGUGAAUCAGAAAGUGACAGUGAUGACUGAAGAAACAUUAAGCUGUAAAUAUAAAAUUUACAAGAUGUGAUCAUUUAUAUUAAGAAUAAAAAUUCCUAAGGCUGAGGAAAAUAUAUAGUAACUUUAAAUGAUAAAAGAAAUUAAAUUUGAUUCAGAAUUUUCA